ACUUGUUGUCUUUUCCUUUGGAAUAAAAAUCAUUUCAGUCAGUUCAUUUUUAUUCAUCAAGCGAAAGCUAUUUCCACGACAAAAUGUUUAACAAUGUUGAUAACAUUGAAAGUCAAGCCGAACAACGUCCGUCCAGAUGGAAACAGAUGAGGAUUACUUUAUUUGAAAAUCGGCGCAUUUUCAUUGUUAUUCUGAUUGGGUUUACGAUUUUCUUGGGUGCUUCCAUCUUUUUAACAUGUGCGGGUUUUGAAAGUCACAACAUGCCCAUAACAUCAACGCAAGCAUCAAUACCUGUGCCCGAAGCGUUAAUAGCAACAGCUCAAUAUCCGACAACGAUAACAAUUGAAACUCCGACAAUAGCUCAAACACAAACUGAAGCGUCAACAAUGUCAACGACUCAAACUGCGACAACAACUCAAGCACCGAUAACAGUUCAAACAACAACAGCGUCAACAACAACAACAACAACAACAACUCAAUCCAUAGAACGAAAUCCAGCACCUACGAUACUAAAUCAAACUGUAUGCAAUAAAACAUGUGAACGCCUUUGUACUUCAUCUGAGUGUAUCCGAGCUGCAUCUUAUCUGUUAGAAAGUGUGAACUUUCAAGUCGAUCCUUGCGAGGAUUUUUAUGAGUUUACUUGUGGCAACUGGGCUAAAUAUCACACUCGACCGAAAUCACUCACCCAAUGGAGUUGGACUACGAUAUUGAAAGAACGAGUUGAAGACGCCAUUAAAGUUUUGCUCGAAUCAAAACCGAGCGAAAAUGAGUCAAAAGUUGUUGCGCAGAGUCGAAUCAUGUUCAAAUCUUGUAUGAAAUUGGACACGCGUAAAAAACAAAUGGAAUCUGGAAGAAGGAAAAUCAAAAAACUGCUUAAAGAAUAUUGCUUCCCUUACAUUCACAAAGGCGAUCGUAAUUGUACAUUCAGUAGGACAGCAACGUGGAAUAAAUUACGCGAACAAAUUGUUGUGGCACACAGAUUCCGUUCGUUUAACAUCUUUUCGCCUGGUAUAAAACAGAAAUUACAACAUUACAUCAAAUUUUUACAACCAUAUGAAACGAUCGCAAUUGAUACUAUGAUCAAAAUGAUCCAAAAUGCAACAAAUCAAUUACCUAAGAUACGAUACGAUUACAAACAAAUGAACAAAAUAGAUCCCAACGGCUUACAAUCAUACAUGUGGUGGGUAGUUAUCGAUAACUUAAUUGGAUCAGUUCGUUUCAAUUACAAUAUCUAUUAUCGCAAUAUAUCCAUCCAUCAAUCGAAUCACUGUGCACAACUUGUAAACGAUCGUAUGGGAAUGUUUCUUGGCGAUGCGAUAGCAAUGCCAAACUUUCUCAAUGAAACAAAACCAAAGCUAUUGAACAGUUUCGAAGACAUUCGUUCUGCGUUCAAUGAAUUGGUGGAAAAUAGCGAUUGGAUGGACCAACCGACAAAAAGAGUUGUUAUUGAAAAGUCUCAGGCCAUGAAAGUGAAUAUUGGAUUUGCAGAGUUUUUACUGAAUAAAACCAAAGUCGAUGAAUAUUUGAAGGAUUUUAAUUUUACCGAGAGUUCAUUGUUAAUGAAUGAACACAAUAUGUGGAAUGUGGAAAAAGGAUUGAACACAAUUGCUAAAAACCAUUGGCAGGUGCUGAAUAUGAUGGCCACAGAAGUUAAUGCCAGACAUUUCUAUGGUUCAAAUAGUUUGAUGUUUCCAAUGGGCUAUUUACAGUUUCCAUAUUAUGGCUUGGGUAUAGAAGCACUAAACUAUGGGGCCGCAAUAUCAAUUUUUGGUCAUGAAUUUGCACAUGGAUUCGAUAGUAAAGGAAUAGAUUUUGAUAAAAACGGAAAAAAGACUGAUGAAUGGUCGAUUGGAACGAAAAAUGAAUAUAGAAAUCGAACCAACUGCCUUAUUGAACAGCACACCCACUUUAGCAUGUCUGAAAUUGACCCAACUAUUAAUGAUAGAUCCAAUAGUAAACGGACAUUGAACGAGAAUAUAUCUGAUAAUAUCGGUUUAUUACUAGCUUACAAAGCGUACAAAAUGUUUAUGGAAAACCAUGGUGAAGAAAAAAUAUUGCCAGUUUUUGAGGAAUUUAGACAUGAACAGCUAUUUUUCAUCGCAUAUGGAAAUAGACGGUGCGCAUCAAUGACAUCGAAGGAAUUAAAACGGAUGAAUGCGAAUGAUGACCAUUCUUUAGCCAAAUUUCGAGUGAAUGGUGUUGUGUCAAAUUUGGUAGAGUUUGGAUCUGCUUUUAAAUGUGGGGCCAACUCAACAAUGGUUUCAAAAAGUCCGUGCCGAAUCUGGUGAUUGUUGGAUUUCAUAAUGAAUUUUAUCAAAAUUGCACAAUGCACA